AUGGCUCUCAACCGUACCUUUACUUUAAACACUGGAGCGCAGAUUCCGGCCGUUGGUUUCGGAACUUGGCAAGCAAAACCCAACGAAGUUAGAAUUGCCGUGGAAGCUGCCCUCCGUGCAGGGUAUAGACAUAUCGACUGUGCUGCUAUAUAUCGUAACGAAGUUGAAGUUGGUGAAGGAAUAAAGGCUUCGGGCGUUAAAAGGGAAGAUAUAUUUGUGACAUCGAAGCUGUGGAAUACUAAGCAUCAUCCUGACGAUGUUGAAAAUGCACUCGACCGGACAUUGCAAUGCUUGGGGACGGAUUACUUAGACCUUUAUCUAAUGCACUGGCCAUGCGCCUUUCGAUCAGGAAGCGAUUGGUUCCCUCUCGACAGUGAGGGCAAGUUCGAACUCAGUUCAGUAAGCUACAUUGAUUCGUGGAAAGCAAUGGAGGCUCUUCUAGCGACUAAGAAAGUCAAAGCAAUUGGUAUUUCCAACUUUAAUGAACGCAGAAUCAACGAUCUCCUCUCAAAAUGCACCGUUGUCCCGGCAGUCAACCAGAUAGAAGUCCACCCAUACCUUCAACAGCCAUCUCUCAUGAAGCUUUGCAAAGAAAAGGGCAUACUUAUCGAAGCCUACUCGCCACUCGGGAAUAAUCAAACCGGUGAGCCGAGAACUGUUGAUGAUGCGAAGGUUCAUGAAUUGUCAAAGAGGCUAGGUAAAGAUCGAGGCCAGAUACUGGUUAGCUGGGGUGUUCAAAAAGGACAUGUUGUGUUGCCCAAGAGCGUGACAAAAUCGAGGAUAGAGUCGAAUUUUCAAGAUUUCAUAAUCCCCGAAGCAGAGUUUAAGGAAUUAAAUACUUUAGAAAGACACAAAAGAUUUAACUUCCCUGCUCAUUGGGGUUAUGAUAUUUUCGAUGAGGCUGGUGAUGAAAGGGUUAAGCAGGCGGCACUUGAUUGGGCGGAGGCAAACAAGAAAGCCUAG